GACAAAAGAAAUUCAGCCCUCCCUUUCUUCACUGCGCCUUCUCUCUCUCUCUCUCUCUCUUCUUUGUGAAUCAGUGCCUCGAAGCAAAAACGAAGCUCCCCGGUUUCAGCGCUUCUCUCAGGCCGGCCAUGACGAUGGUUAGCCCGCAGCCAUCGAAGUUAGCUCUUGUCAUAACUCUUAUUCCCCUGUUUGUCCUCUGCUUUUCUGGCGUCCCAGCCCGUGCCCUCAAUAUCGGCGUUCAGGCCGCAGACGCUGCGAUUUCCGUCGGCAAAGACUGUAGCAGAAAAUGCGAGUCCGAGUUCUGCUCAGUGCCUCCAUUUCUGAGAUAUGGCAAGUAUUGUGGGCUUCUGUACAGUGGAUGUCCCGGGGAGAGACCCUGCGACGGCCUCGACGCUUGCUGCAUGAAGCAUGACGCCUGCGUUCAAGCCAAAAACAAUGACUAUUUGAGCCAGGAGUGCAGCCAAAACUUACUGAACUGCAUGACCAACUUCAAGAACUUGGGAGGCCGAACGUUUACAGGAAGCAAAUGCCUAGUUGAGGAUGUCGUCGACGUCCUCUCUGUUGUCAUUGAAGCUGCUUUGCUUGCCGGGAGAUACCUCCACAAGCCCUGAAUCUCUGCUCACGUUCAACGGAUAUAUCAACUCGGAUCCCUUCAUUCACUUCGUGAUCAUCCCUUUCUUCUUUGAAUCUUUUUUUUUUUUUUUUUUUUCUAGCUGUUUGUCCGUGUCUGUUCUUGUUCUAUUUCAACAAAUGGGAAAAAGUAAAGAGAAAACUGUAAAGUGCCUCUGUUUUCCCUUCCUGUAGAAUAGGAAGAGUAAUGGACACUGACUAUGGAGUUCAAUUUUAAUUGCAGAGACAAGAACCUGAAGUGGCCAUGGAGUUCAAAACCAAAGAACCGCGUACAAAUUUAGAAUGCCAAGUAAUGC